CCGUUUUUGUUGUUGUUGGUGUUGUUCUUGCCGUAGCUUGUUGUCGCUUCGAGGUGAAACAAAGGAGACAAAAAAAGAACGAAAUAGAAAAAAAUACCCAGAGCAUCCGGUCAAAAAGAUUACGCGACACUGCCGGCUCAGCAGGACAAUUGAACAGGACCAACUGAACAGCUGGGAACGCUGCAAGGUGCCAGGUGCAUAGAAAGAGACAAAAGACACCAGCCCCGAUCGAUUCCUUCCAUUUUCCCGCCCCGCGAGUGAUCCACAAUUCUGCAUUCGCCAUAUCAUCCUCCGGCAACAGCGCUCAUCGUCCUGCGAAUAUCUGGUCCGGUUUGGUUUAUAUAACACAAACAGCAUUAGCGUCAGCAAGAAUGAACAAUCUGGCUGAUACGGUUGUGGUGGAUCCCGGCUUCGGUGGCGGCGAUAAGCAACAACAGGCAGCCACCCAGCCGCAGGAUUCGAGCGCUGUUGUCCCACCGCCAGCCACCAAGCAAUCGUCGGCCUUGAAGAAGACCAGUCGCUAUCGCAGCCGUUCAUUGAGUGCAUCUUCUACGGACUCUUUCAGUUCGGCCUCCUACACGGGCAGCAGCGACGACGGCGACGAUGUUCCGCCCCGCGAAAAGGUCCAAAAGAACACCAAGGGCAGCUCCGAUUUCUGUGUGCGCAACAUAACGGCGCAGCAUGCUUUCGGACGACGCGAGAUCGAGAUCGCCGAACAGGAAAUGCCCGGCAUUAUGGCUCUACGUAAACGUGCUGCAGAGGACAAGCCACUGAAGGAUGCCAAGAUCGUUGGAUGUACACACAUCAAUGCCCAGACAGCGGUGCUCAUUGAAACCCUGAGAGAGCUCGGAGCCAGUGUACGCUGGGCCGCCUGCAACAUUUACUCAACCCAAAAUGAGGUGGCCGCCGCUUUGGCUGAAUCUGGGAUACCAAUCUUCGCCUGGCGCGCUGAGACCGAGGAGGAUUUCUGGUGGUGCAUCGAUCGUUGUGUCAAUGCCGAGAACUGGCAACCCAACAUGAUCUUGGAUGAUGGCGGCGAUGCCACCCAUUUGAUGCUGAAGAAAUAUCCAACCAUGUUCAAGCUCGUCAAGGGCAUUGUGGAGGAGAGUGUCACCGGGGUGCAUCGUCUGUAUCAGCUAUCCAAGGCCGGCAAAUUGACAGUGCCGGCGAUGAAUGUCAACGAUUCGGUCACCAAGACGAAAUUCGAUAACCUCUAUAGCUGCAAAGAGUCCAUAUUGGAUAGCUUGAAGCGUUCAACGGACGUCAUGUUCGGCGGCAAACAGGUUGUUGUCUGUGGCUAUGGUGAUGUUGGCAAGGGUUGCGCUCAGGCUCUCAAGGGACAGGGCUGCAUUGUUUAUAUCACCGAAAUCGAUCCGAUUUGCGCAUUGCAGGCCAGCAUGGAUGGCUUCCGUGUGGUCAAACUGAAUGAGGUGAUACGCAAUGUGGACAUUGUGGUCACUGCCACCGGCAAUAAGAACGUUGUGGUGCGCGAGCAUAUGGAUAAAAUGAAGAGCGGCUGCAUCAUCUGCAAUAUGGGCCAUUCGAACACAGAGAUCGAUGUGAAUGGCCUGCGUACACCGGAUCUAACCUGGGAGAAGGUUCGCUCGCAAGUGGAUCAUAUCAUUUGGCCGGAGGGUAAAUACAUCAUCCUAUUGGCCGAAGGGCGAUUGGUCAAUUUGAGCUGCUCGAGCAUUCCAUCGUUUGCCGUGUCAAUAACAUCGGCCACCCAGGCCCUGGCAUUGAUUGAGCUCUUCAAUGCCCCGCCCGGUAGAUACAAGUCCGAUGUGUACUUGUUGCCCAAGAAAAUGGAUGAAUAUGUGGCCAGCCUCCAUCUGCCCACAUUUGAUGCUCAUCUCACCGAACUGAGUGACGAGCAGGCCAAAUAUAUGGGCCUCAACAAAGCCGGUCCUUUCAAGCCCAACUAUUAUCGCUAUUAAGGUGAAUCCAUUUUUGUGGUGUUAGGAGGACAAUAACAAAAACAAACAGCAACAACAACAACAAUUAUUCAAAGAAAACAACGCCAACGAAAGUAUUGUCUUUGCAAAAAGGAAAAAAAAAAAAACAAACACAAACACAUACACUAUUUAAAUUGAGAGCACGAAGGCUCUACACAAAUUGUUGACAAAAGAAAAAAAAAAAAACAAAAAACUUGCGGUAGAC